AUGGACAAUCUAAACGAAACCAUAGAAUUUGGACGUUCUUGGCGUUCGAAAUUUCUUUUAGAAAAUGAUUAUAUUCCUCUCAACCAAGGAUCAUUCGGUGCCUAUCCUAAGGCUAUACAAAAAGCAUUGCGUGGCUAUCAGGAAAAGUUUGAAUCCAAUCCUGAUUUAUGGAUUCGAAGAAAUCUCGAAAUAGAAUUAACUAAGGCUAGAGAUGCAAUUGCCGAAUUUGUAAAUGCAGAUGCGGAUGACGUUGCUUUUGUGCUAAAUAGCACUACUGGAAUAAAUGCUGUAUUGAAAAGUUUAGUUUAUGAAUCGGGUGACAAAAUAAUUUAUUUUUCUACGAAUCAUACUGCCGUGAAAAAUUUAUUACAAUUUAUUCGUAAUCUCAAUUAUGAUAAACUGGAACUUUUGAAAAUUGAUAUUAAUUAUCCUAUUUCCGAUGAAGAAUUAAUUUCCAAUAUCAUUAAAGUUAUUCAAGAAGAACAACAAAAGCCAAAUUCAAGAAUCAAGCUGGCAUUUGUUGAUGCCAUAUCUUCCAUCCCUGAACACAAUAUUCUUUCUGUGGUUGAUGGUGCUCAAUCAGUUGGACAAAUUCCAAUUGACCUAAAAGACCUUGAUCCUGACUAUUUUGUGUCAAGCUGUCAUAAAUGGUUAUAUUGUGCUUAUAGUGUCGCCAUCCUCUACGUUUCAGAAAGGAACAAGAAAAAUUUACAUCAUCCUGUCACUUCAGUUUAUUAUAAUGAAGGAUUUCCUCGUGAAUUUUCCUGGUUUCGUCGGGAAAUCGGUGGAGAAGAAAAAAUUCGUACUUAUUGUCAUGAUUUAGUUGUCAAGGGUGGAAAACUAAUUGCUUCGAUUCUUGGCACUGAAAUCAUAGGCCCAGAACAUAUAAUUCCAAAUAUGAUUAAUAUCCGUCUCCCCGUCGAUAUUUCUAACGAAAAAAUUUCAUUAGAAACACUCAAUAAUCUUUUAUUUGAUAAAUAUAAUUGUUAUGUAUCACCGUUCAAACAUAAUGGUUAUUGGUACGUUAGAGCCAGCGCGCAGAUUUAUAACGAUUUGUCUGAUUUUGAAAAAGUCGGUAAAGCUUUAAGAGAGAUUUGCGAGAAUUUUAAUAAAAUGAUGGAAUAA